CUCGGCUGCAUAAAUAGAGGCUCAGGGUUGCUCUGGCACACUCAGACCUCAGACGCCUGGACUGCACCCGGGGCAGCUCGCACGGAGCAGGUGGGUGGGAAGAGCCAGAUUCGCCAUGGAGAAAAUUUCAGUGUCAGCCUUCUUACUCCUUGUGGCCCUGUCCUACACCCUGGCCAAAGACACCACAGUCAAGUCUGGAGCCAAAAAGGACACAAAGGAAUCUCGACCCAAACUGCCCCAGACCCUCUCCAGAGGUUGGGGUGACCAACUCAUCUGGACUCAGACUUAUGAAGAAGCCUUGUACAAAUCCAAAUCAAGCAACAAACCCUUAAUGAUUAUUCACCACUUGGAUGAGUGUCCACACAGUCAAGCUUUAAAGAAGGUGUUUGCUGAAAAUAAAGAAAUCCAGAAAUUGGCAGAUCAGUUUGUUCUCCUCAAUCUAGUUUAUGAAACAACUGACAAGCAUCUUUCUCCCGAUGGCCAGUAUGUCCCCAGAAUCUUGUUUGUGGACCCAUCCCUGACUGUCAGAGCCGACAUCACGGGAAGAUACUCAAACCGUCUCUAUGCUUACGAACCUUCAGACACAGCUCUGCUGUUGGACAACAUGAAGAAAGCUCUGAAGCUGCUGAAGACAGAAUUGUAGAGGAAGAACAAACCCCGCAAGCUCUUCACUUGGUCUUGGGCCUGAGGCUGGGAACCAGAGCCUAGACCAGAGGAAGGAGAGGCCCUGUGCAGAUGCUGGUUAGAUUAGGGUUUCAUGUUGUAACAGCUAUGUUGGCUUUUUUAAUAUAUGGUUUCAAGCAUACAUGUGUGAACACAAUAUUGUUACCUGCUAUAGUAAGGCAUGGAUUUUCUAAAAAAUAAAUCCUUUUGUGGACACUCGAA